AGGCGGAGCUUUGCUGAAACUAAACCGCACGUGCGAAUUAUUGCCGCUUAUGUCAAGAGCAGGUGAAGUACAAAGUCUCCAUCGACGAUGUGCUUAACAGUACGUGUUGAUUAUCAAUGCAUUUAAAAAAGAGGCUGUUUAUCUGAUUCAACCUAAUGAUGAGUUGACAGGAAAGGGGUGAAGGAGUUAUGGGCAGUGCAAUGAUGGAAAAGCCCCAAAAGACGCAGGAAGAGCAGCAGUCGUCCACACAGAUGGCGGCACCUGAUGGGUGUUGGUGGUUGGUGGUGGUGGUGUCUUUUUUUGUGUUUUGUGCUGUUGUUUUGGGUCUUAUGCUGUGUGUGUGUGUUUUUUUUGUGGAGUUUGUGCAGUACUUUGGUGAGAGUGCCCAGGCGGUGUCCUGGAUAACAUCUAUUGGCUUGGCCAUGCAACAGCUAAUGAGUCCAAUAGGCACAGCCGCAUCUAAUGUGUAUGGAACUCGUCCAGUAGUUAUGAUGGGAGGAUUCCUUUCAGGCCUGGGAUUCAUUCUGGCUUCCCAGGCAACGUCUCUUUUACAUCUUUACCUGACCAUGGGAUUCAUUUCAGGUUUAGGCUGGGCGCUGGUCUUCACCCCUACAGUUGCAUCAGUAAUGCAGUACUUUACCAUGCGGAGAUCUCUAGCCAUAGGCCUGGGCUUCACAGGCGUUGGUCUUGCCUCUUUCGCCUUCUCCCCACUUUUUCAGUAUCUAGUAGAGGUCUAUGCUUGGCGUGGAGCUUUGCUUGUCCUCGGAGGCCUCAGCUUCAACAUGAUUGCUUGUGGAGCUCUCAUCCGGCCUCUAGGGAAACCAAAGGUUGUGUUGAAGACUGAAAACCUGACCAAGCUCAACAAAUGUUCUUCUUUAUUGUCCCGUAUCUUCGAGUGCUUUGAGCUCUCCCUGCUUUCACACAGAGGCUUCCUCACUUAUGCCGUGGCCAUCACCUUCUUCAAUGCUGGCUACUUCAUCCCUUACAUUCAUCUGGUCGCCCACAGCCGUCACAUUGGUUUCACUGAGUACCAGGCAGCCUUUGUAAUCUCUGUAACCGGUGUGGCAGAUAUCGUGGGUCGCGUAGCCUCCGGCUGGUUCUCGGACUUGGGUAAAAUACGGAUGCCGCACAUGCUGGUGGUGUGGACUGGGUUACUGGGGCUCUCACUGAUGCUCAUUCCUGUUGCUGUGGUUUACUCAGGACUUAUUGUUAUUAGUGUGGUCUAUGGGUUUUGUGCAGGAGCGAUGACACCGCUGGCCUUCGCGGUGUUACCAGAGAUCGUAGGCAUAGGUCGAGUGCUGGGAGCCCUUGGCCUGCUGCAGCUCAUAGAGAGUGUUGGAGGGCUGCUGGGAGCGCCACUGUCUGGCUGGCUGAAGGACUGUACUGGGUCAUACACAGUAUCUUUUAUUGCUGCUGGAAGUUUCCUUGUGUUAGGUAUGUUAGUUACUAUGUCUCUUCCCUAUUUCUGGUCUUGUACGGCCCCUCCACUCCCAUCACCUUCAAAGAGGAAGUCUCAGGAUGGCUCCAUUGAAGAUGGACUACUGAAACAAACUCUAUCCUUAAAUUCUGUACCUGAGAACCUGUGCCCUUUGGAUGAUACACCCUACUCGGAUAAGGAGUUGAAAAGUGAUGUUGCAUGUCCAGUGCAAGAAUGAGAUGAAAUACCUCAGGAAAUGGUGCAUCAUACUAAUUUAGGGGAAAUAAUAUGAUUGUGUGAUGCUAGAAAAUAAUUAGUUGUAGGCAUAGUAGUAGUUUUUAGAAGGAUAUUUUGCAUUGUCAUGCGGGAUAUAGGCAACUAUUGGCAUUGGAAUCACAAAUCAUGUUGCACUUUUGGUUUUAAACCACAUUUUGCAGAAAUUUUUUUAGUGGGUAAUUUCAUAAGAAUAAGUUCAAUUGGAUCAAUCAGAUGGACAUUCUCAGGUUUUGAGAGAGUUUGAAAAGCAACAGUCUACAGCUCAAAUUUUAAAAAAUAUAAAGUUCAAAACAAAUGUGGAUUAUUUGAUCAUUCCUUAUAAAUGCAAGUACACACAUUUUUGAACAUGCACCAUGAAAUUAGUGCCCUUCAAAAGUUAUAAUAGGUCAAUGGCAGCAUAAAUGUUUAUCAUGACGUAAAUGCAAUAUAGUAAUCAAGUUAUCAUUUAUCUAGCCCAGCUAUUCUUUUUGAUUACAUAAUAAUGAAAAUAAGGUUAAAUUAUUAUUACACUUAAUUAUUUUUAAUUAAUAUUUACGUUUUCAAACAUAUUGUCAAUUCAAAAUCACCACCAAAUAAGGAUUUUUGCUGAUAUUGUCCAAAUACCCCACUUUGACUUGAGUGUUUCUGAAUUUAUGGAGGGCACUGUAUAUCAAAUACAAUUUUUUUAAAUUAAUUAUUUUUAUUGAAUUAUUAACAUUUUUAUUGUAAAUUAUUGUGACAUACUUGACCUGUGGCAUUCUCUAACAGGAAGUUAAUUAUGAUGCACAAAUACAGCUUCAGGGUUUGGUGGAGAGACUGAUGCUUGUGGUUUUUGUUAAUCAGGUACAGAGGAGAAUUUUGUAUUCAUGGCUAGUAAAACAUGAGGGCUGCUAGCAAGAAGUCCCUAGAUUCCACACAAGCUUUUAACUGCUUAGUCAGCAGACUCCGCACAUGCCUGACGUGCUGUCACAUCAAGUAAAAUCCAAGGUAAAGACAGUACAUUUUCUUUUGCCAGUAAGUUUGGUGAUGGAGGCUACUUCAGUAUAGUAUACAAAAGCAGGAAAGCAAGCUAAAUGCUAACGUAGCCGUGCUAAUCCUGUUCUGCUCCUCAUGUAGAGCAUUAUUCCUUCACUUUUUUUACACACAACUUACUGUACCUUACCUUGAUUACAGCUGGACUGUUCUUGAGUUGCAUAUGGAGGAAUAUGAUGAUCACAAGAUAUUCUUUGUGAUACUAGCAUUGUCAGAGACAUGACAUUUUGAUGUUGUCCUUUCAGGGUUGAAUUGGACCAUGUGAUUUGUGUAUUUCAUUGAUGCUUGAAGUAUUGUAUGAUGGGAAUCUUGCACAUCGUGAAGGGUUUUCACUGUGAUUUUUCAAGUUCCAUGUUUCAGAGUGAAAAUUGAUUUACAUUUUCCACAGAGGUCGCUGAAAAACAAAAUUCACUUAUAAAUCAUUGACCAAAGUGUCACACACUAAAGUCUUUGUUACACCUUUUUGUUUUUGCUUAAAAUUUUUAUUUUUAUUAAUGCAAGAGAUCUACUGUUCAUAAACUAGUAUAGAUGCAUUUAAACCUUCUUUGAAUACUAGUCAAUAAUGCUGUUGUAAAGAUGCACUUCUCAUAAAACCAAACACGUGAGCCUUAAUCUCCAUAGAGUGCGAGUCAAUGAGCUCAGCUACAGACUUUGCUUUCUCAUGUGAGAGGGCCUUAUUGUGUUGAGAUUGACAGCACUGCCUUUACCCACAGUUGUCUUCAAAUGCACUGUAUUAAUGCAUUUAAACAUGCGCUUUAGUGUAUUGACCUCAGUAUGCUUGCAUAGUGUGAGAAGUGAGACUUGAAUGAAUUUGGAUCAGUUUAGUAGUAUUCUAAACUAUACUGCAGUGCAAGUCUGUUAACUUUGGAGUGCCAAAGCAGGAAAUGACUCUUAAGUUAUGUUGUAAUUUUCCAAGAAGCGCACAGCAUGACAAGAUGGGUUUUAAUUGAACAGUACAGUACAAAUCUGUGUUUUGGUAAACAGAUUUGUGUUUUAAUGUGGUUAAAUAAAAGGCUAUUUCUG